GGGCUGGCCAUAGGGAAGGGAGUUGGAAGAGAGGAGGAAUCUGGUCAGAGAGCUGGAGCAGCAGGUGGGGAAGUGGUGGGGGGAAAGGAGAAAAGGCUUGAGGGAUGGGGAUGUCUGUUUGGAUAAAGAUUAGGGUGAAGAGGAAGAGUAAAAAUGGGAUAAGAAAAGGACGUGGGAGGCUCCCUCCUUCUCACUGUCGCUGCCCAGAUCGACUGUCGGGUCAGUGAGCCCCUGCUGCAGGGAAUAAGCAGGGGACAUCCAGGGAAUCCAGGGCUGCCAAGGGGCACCUACCACCCUGCCCUGAGCGCCCCCUUCCCAAGGUCGGAGACAGAGCAGGUGCAGAGGGACUGCAGCCGCUUGUUACCCAGCCUCCUGAAUGAUGCCAGCUCAAUGUUCCCUAGCCUCCAACCUGGCCCUCCUGGUGCUGCUGGGCACAGUCAGAGCAGGUCCUUUCUCUCCACGGGCCAACAUGACACUCCCAGCCCCACGGCCCCCUCCCCAGCCAGGGGGCCGCACAGGAGGGGGAAGCCCCUCUUCUCGGCUGUAUGAGCACACCGUGGAAGGAGGGGAGAAGCAGGUGGUGUUCACCCACCGCAUUAACCUGCCCCCUUCAGCUGGCUGUGGCUGUCCCCCAGGCACUGAGCCCCCUGUCCCUGCUUCAGAGGUACAGGCUCUGAGGGUCCGGCUAGAGAUCCUGGAGGAGCUGGUGAAGGGGCUCAAGGAACAGUGCACUGGGGGAUGUUGCCCUGCUGCUGCCCAGGCUGGCACAGGCCAGACAGACGUUCGGACCCUCUGCAGUCUCCAUGGCGUGUUUGACCUGAGCCGCUGUGCCUGCUCCUGCGAGCCUGGCUGGGGUGGGCCUACCUGCUCGGAUCCCAUGGAUUCCGGGGUGUCCCCUUCCUCCCCACCCUCAGCCUCCGGGUCCUGCCCAGAUGACUGCAAUGAUCAGGGUCGCUGCGUCCGUGGUCGCUGCGUGUGCUUCCCUGGCUACACCGGCCCCAGCUGUAGCUGGCCCUCCUGUCCCGGGGACUGCCAAGGCCGCGGGCGCUGCGUGCAGGGCGUGUGCGUGUGCCGGGCGGGCUUCUCCGGCGACGACUGCAGUCUGCGCUCUUGCCCUCGGGGCUGCAGCCAGAGGGGGCGCUGCGAGGACGGGCGCUGCGUCUGUGACCCCGGCUACACUGGCGAGGACUGUGGAAUGAGGAGUUGCCCCCGAGACUGCAGCCAGAGGGGGCGCUGCGAGAAUGGGCGCUGCGUGUGCAACUCCGGCUACACUGGCGAGGACUGUGCGAUGAGGACCUGCCCCCGAGGUUGCAGCCAGAAGGGGCGCUGCGAGGACGGGCGCUGCGUCUGUGACCCUGGCUACACCGGCGACGACUGCGGCUCGCGGAGCUGCCCGUGGGACUGUGGCGAGGGCGGGCGCUGUGUAGACGGCCGCUGCGUGUGCUGGCCCGGGUAUGCGGGCGAGGACUGCAGCACACGGACCUGCCCCCGCGACUGUCGGGGCCGAGGGCGCUGCGAGGAUGGCGAAUGCAUCUGCAACGCAGGCUACAGCGGGGACGAUUGCGGCGUGCGCAGCUGCCCGGGCGAUUGCAGUCAAAGGGGCCGCUGCGAGGACGGCCGCUGCGUGUGCUGGCCCGGGUACUCCGGGCCUGACUGCGGCGCGCGCGCCUGCCCGCGCGACUGUCGGGGCCGCGGGCGCUGCGAGAACGGCGUGUGCGUGUGUAACGCGGGCUACAGCGGCGAGGACUGCGGCGUGCGCAGCUGUCCCGGGGAUUGUCGCGGCCGAGGCCGUUGCGAGAAUGGUCGCUGCGUGUGUUGGCCCGGGUAUACAGGCCGGGACUGUGGCACGCGCGCCUGCCCGGGCGACUGUCGCGGGCGCGGGCGCUGCGCGGACGGCCGCUGCGUGUGCAACCCGGGUUUCACAGGCGAGGACUGCGGAAGCCUUCGGUGCCCUGGGGACUGCCGCGGUCGCGGCCGCUGUGACGACGGCGUAUGCUUGUGCGACGUAGGCUACGAGGGCGAAGACUGCGGCUCGCGCAGCUGCCCCGGCGGUUGCAGAGGUCGCGGCCAGUGUCUGGAGGGGCGCUGCGUGUGCGACGACGGCUAUGAGGGCGAAGACUGCGGGGUGAGACGGUGCCCGCGCGACUGCAGCCAGCGCGGCGUGUGCCGGGACGGUGUGUGCACCUGUUGGGAGGGCUACUCAGGUGAGGACUGCAGCCUCCGUACCUGCCCCUCCAACUGUCACCGGCGCGGCCGCUGUGAGGACGGGCGUUGCGUGUGCGACUCAGGCUACACAGGCCCCUCCUGCUCCACCCGCACCUGCCCUGCCGACUGUCGGGGCCGUGGGCGGUGUGUGCAGGGAGUAUGCGUUUGCCACUUGGGCUACAGCGGCGAGGACUGUGGGCAAGAAGAGCCUCCCGCCAGCGCCUGCCCCGGGGGCUGCGGGCCCCGGGAACUGUGUCGCGAAGGCCAGUGUGUAUGCGUCGAGGGCUUCCGAGGUCCUGACUGCGCCAUCCAGACGUGUCCCGGGGACUGCCGCGGCAGGGGAGAGUGCCAAGAGGGCCGCUGCAUCUGCCAAGAUGGCUAUGCAGGAGAGGACUGCGGGGAAGAGGUGCCAGCCAUUGAGGGCAUGAGGAUGCACCUCCUGGAGGAGACGACGGUUCGGACAGAGUGGACCCGGGCUCCCGGCAAUGUGGAUGCCUAUGAAAUUCAGUUCAUCCCCACGACAGAGGGAGAGAGCCCCCCGUUCACAGCACGGGUGCCCAGCUCUGCCUCAGCCUAUGACCAGAGAGGACUGGCCCCCGGUCAGGAGUACCAAGUCACUGUCCGUGCUCUUCGAGGGACUAACUGGGGCCCUCCUGCCUCCAAGACCAUCACCACUAUGAUUGAUGGCCCCCAGGACCUCCGUGUGGUGGCAGUGACACCAACCACGCUGGAGCUCAACUGGAUGCGCCCCCAGGCUGAGGUGGACCGGUUCGUGGUGUCCUACGUCAGUGCUGGCAACCAGAGAGUGCGACUGGAAGUGCCCCCUGAGGCAGACGGGACGCUGCUGACUGGCCUGAUGCCAGGCGUAGAAUACGUGGUGACCGUCACGGCUGAGCGGGGCCAGGCAGUAAGCUACCCGGCUUCCGUCAGGGCCAAUACAGCACCAGGCCACUACAGUUACCCGGAGGCGCACCCCCCAGCCCCGCCCCCCAAGCCCCGGCCCCGGCCCCGGCCGGCCCCGCGGCCCCCGCGCCCCCCUCGGCCCCCUCGGCCCUCGCCUUCGCCCUCGGGGCCCGCGGAGGAGGGGCAGGACUCUCGGCCCGGGCAGAGCCUACCCCAGCCCCCUCGGCGGGCGUGGGGCAACCUGACGGCCGAGCUGGGCCGCUUCCGCGGCACCGUGCAGGACCUGGAGCACCACCUGCGGGCUCACGGCUACCCGCUGCGGGCCAACCAGACCUACACGUCGGUGGCGCGCCACAUCCACGAAUACUUGCAGCGGCGUCGCCUGGCGGCUGCUGCCCCCACCGGGUCCCCCGCACCCCCGCCCCGUCGCCCUCGCCCCACCGCCAGCCCCGAUUCGGGCACCUGGAAGCGGGACUCCAACCAGGGCAUCUACGGCCUCUCGCCCGAAGGCGUCGACCGGGUGGCUGCGCCCCGCCACCCCAAGCCCGAGGUGCUGGGCAGUUCUGCCGACGGCGCGCUACUCGUGUCCCUCGACGGGCUACGCGGCCACUUCGAGCGCGUGGUGCUGCGCUGGCGGCCCCAGCCGCCCGCGGAGGCUCCCAGCGGGGAGCUGACCGUGCCUGGCACCUCGCGCACCGUCAGCCUACCUGAUCUCAGGCCCGGCACCACCUACCACGUGGAGGUUCACGGGGUGCGGGCAGGGCAGACCUCCAAGUCCUACGCCUUCAUCACCACUACAGGUUCCUCCCCCUUAGGCCUCUUGGGGGCCACAGAUGAGCCGCCUCCCUCAGGCCCGUCAACAACUCAAGGGGCCCAGGCCCCUGUCCUGCAGCAGCGCCCCCAGGAGCUGGGAGAGUUGAGGGUGCUGGGCAGAGACAAGACAGGGCGCCUCCGCGUGGCCUGGACCGCUCAGCCUGACACCUUUGCCCACUUCCAGCUGCACCUACGGGUGCCCGAAGGGCCGGGGGCACAUGAGGAACGACUGCCAGGGGAUGUCCAUCAGGCUCUGGUGCCCUCACCCCCUCCUGGAUCCCCCUAUGAGCUGUCACUUCGUGGGGUCCCCCCGGAGGGCGAGCCCUCUGCCCCUCUCAUCUACCAAGGCAUUAUGGACAGGGAUGGGGAGAAGCCUGGGAAGCCCUUGGCCCCGCCACGCCUGGGCAAGCUGUCAGUGACUGACGUGACCUCCAACUCCCUACUUCUGCAUUGGACAGUCCUUGAGGGCGAGUUCGACUCCUUCAUGAUCCAGUAUAAGGACAGGGACGGGCCCCAGGUGGUGCCAGUGGAGGGGCCCCAGCGCUCAGCCCUCAUCUCCAACCUGGAUGUCGGUCGCAAGUAUAAAUUUGUCCUGUAUGGGCUUGUGGGCAAGAAGAAGCACGGCCCCCUGGUGACUGAAGCCAAGAUCUUGGCUCAGACUGAUCCCAGCCCAGGAACUCCACCCCGCCUGGGGAUGCUGUGGGUGACAGAUCCCACCCCAGACUCGCUGCACCUCUCCUGGACUGUCCCUGAAGGGCAGUUUGACUCCUUCGUGGUCCAGUACAGGGACAGGGAUGGACGACCCCAGGUGGUGCCCGUGGAAGGGCCUGAGCGCUCAGUCGUUGUCUCCCCGCUGGACCCUGACCACAAGUACAGAUUCACUCUGUUUGGGAUUGCCAACAGGAAGCGGCAUGGCCCCCUCACAGCCGAGGGCACCACUGCUCCAGAGAAGAGAGAGGAGCCUCGCCACCCAGAGUCCCCCCAGCAGCCCCUAUUGGGAGAGCUGGCGGUGACUGGUGCCACCCCAGACUCCCUGCACCUGUCCUGGACGGUGGCCCAGGGCUCUUUCGACUCCUUCACGGUCCAGUACAAGGAUGCGCAGGGGCGGCCCCAAGUGGUACCCGUCAGGGGGGAAGAGAAUGAGGUCACCAUCCCUGGCCUGGAGUCGGACCGGAAGUAUAAGAUGAACCUCUACGGGCUUCAUGGCAGGCAGCGUGUGGGGCCGGUUUCUGUGGUGGCCACCACAGCCCUCCAGGAAAUUGUGGAUGAGACCCCCAGCCCCACAGAGCCCAGCACAGAGGCCCCGGAGCCCCCUGAGGAGCCCCUCCUGGGGGAGAUGACAGUGACUGGAUCCUCCCCGGACUCGCUCAGCCUCUCCUGGACCGUCCCCCAAGGCCACUUUGAUUCCUUCACCGUCCAGCACAGAGACAGGGAUGGGCAGCCCAAGGUGAUGCGGGUGCCGGGGCACGAGGACGGGGUCACCGUCUCGGGCCUGGAGCCGGACCACAAGUACAAGAUGAACCUGUACGGCUUCCACAAUGGCCAGCGCCUGGGCCCCGUCUCUGUCAUCGGGGUGACAACUGCAGAGGAAGAGACCCCCAGCCCCACUGAGCCCAGCACGGAGGCCCCAGAGCCCCCCGAGGAGCCCCUCCUGGGGGAGCUGACGGUGACAGGAUCCUCCCCAGACUCGCUCAGCCUCUCCUGGACCGUCCCCCAGGGCCACUUCGACUCCUUCACCGUCCAGUACAAGGGCAGGGACGGGCCCCAGGUGGUGCGUGUCGGGGGCGAGGAGAGCGAGGUGACCGUUGGGGACCUGGAGCCCGGGCGCAAGUACAAGAUGCACCUGUAUGGCCUGCAUGGAGGGCGGCGCGUGGGUCCCGUGUCCACCGUGGGUGUGACAGCUCCACAACCAGAAGAGACUCCUCCAGCCACCGAGCCCCCGCUGGAGCCGCGCCUGGGGGAGCUGACAGUGACAGAUGUGACCCCCAACUCCGUGGGCCUUGCAUGGACUGUCCCUGAGGGCCAGUUUGACUCCUUCGUGGUGCAGUACAAGGACAGGGACGGGCAGCCCCAGGCGGUGCCUGUGGCCGCGGACCAGCGUGAGGUCACCGUCCUCGGCCUGGAACCGGCACACAAAUACAAGAUGAACUUCUAUGGGCUUCAUGGUGGGCGGCGCGUGGGCCCCCUCGCUGUGGUAGCCGUGACGGCUCCCCUCCCUCCAGCUCCAGCCACAGAGCACCCCCUGGAGCCACGCCUGGGGGAGCUGACAGUGACUGACGUGACCCCGGACUCCGUGGGCCUCUCCUGGACCGUCCCUGAGGGCAAAUUCGACUCCUUCGUGGUCCAGUACAAGGACAGGGACGGGCAGCCCCAGGUAGUGCCUGUGGCCUCAGACCAGCGUGAGGUCACCGUCCCCGGCCUGGAGCCCAGUAGGAAAUACAAGUUCCUGCUUUUUGGGAUUCUGGAUGGGAAACGCCACAGCCCAGUCUCUGUGGAGGCAAAGACAGCUGCCCGAGGUGACGCCAGCCUAGGAGCCCCACCCCGCCUUGGGGAGCUGUGGGUGACAGACCCCACCCCAGACUCGCUGCGCCUCUCCUGGACAGUCCCUGAAGGCCACUUCGACUCCUUUGUGGUCCAGUUCAAGGACAGGGAUGGGCCCCAGGUGGUGCCUGUGGAGGGCCAUGAGCGCUCAGUCACCGUGGCCCCGCUGGACGCCAACCGCAAGUACAAGUUCCUCCUCUACGGCCUCCUGGGCAAAAAGCGCCACGGCCCCCUCAGCGCCGAGGGCACCACAGGGACUCAGAGUGCUGUGGAUGAGGCCAGAACAAAGCAUCCGUCAAAGCCCCGCCUAGGGGAGGAGCUGCAGGUGACCAGUGUGACAUCAGACUCCAUGGGUCUCUCGUGGACGGUCCCCGAGGGCCAGUUUGACUCCUUUGUGGUCCAGUACAAGGACAGGGAUGGGCAACCCCAGGUGGUGCCCGUGGAUGGCAGCCUCAGGGAGGUCAGUAUCUCGGGCCUGGACCCUGCCCGCAGGUACAAGUUGCUGCUCUACGGGCUGCACAAGGGCAGGCGUGUGGGUCCCAUCUCCGCCAUCACCGAGACCGCCCCCAAAGAAGAAAUGGAAGCUGAGACCGAGGCCCCCAGCCCCCCAGCGUCUGAGCCUCACCUGGGGGAGGUGACCGUGGAAGAAGCCACGCCACACACCCUGCGUCUCUCCUGGAUGGUGACUGAGGGAGAAUUUGACUCCUUUGAGGUCCAGUACACAGACGAGGAUGGGCAGCUCCAAGUAGUCCGUUUAGGUGGCGACCAGAAUGACAUCACCCUCUCUGACCUGGAAUCUGACCACAAAUACCUGGUGAGCCUGUACGGUUUCCACAACGGGCAGAGUGUGGGUCCUGUCCACGUGGAGGCCCUGACAGCCCCAAGAGAGGAAGAGGAUGAACCUUCAGAAUCUCCCUCUACCACCCCAGAGCCUCCCAUCAAGCCGCGCCUGGGGGAGCUGGCAGUGACAGACACCAGCCCAGACUCCCUGAGCCUCUCAUGGACCAUCCCUGAGGGCCAGUUUGACCACUUCCUGGUCCAGUACAAGAACGGAGAUGGGCAGCCCAAGGCGGUGCGGGUGCCGGGGCACGAGGACGGGGUCACUGUCUCGGGCCUGGAGCCGGACCACAAGUACAAGAUGAACCUGUACGGCUUUCACGACGGCCAGCGCCUGGGCCCUGUCUCUGUCAUCGGGGUGACAACUGCAGAGGAAGAGACCCCCAGCCCCACAGAGAUGGAGGAGACACCCAGCCCCACCGAGCCCAGCACAGAGGCCCCAGAGCCCCCCGAGGAGCCCCUCCUGGGGGAGCUGACAGUGACCGGAUCCUCCCCAGACUCGCUCAGCCUCUCCUGGACCGUCCCCCAGGGCCACUUCGACUCCUUCACCGUCCAGUACAAGGGCAGGGACGGGCCCCAGGUGGUGCGUGUUGGGGGCGAGGAGAGCGAGGUGACCGUUGGGGGCCUGGAGCCCGGGCGCAAGUACAAGAUGCACCUGUACGGCCUGCACGGGGGUCAGCGCAUGGGCCCUGUGUCCACCGUGGGUGUGACUGCCCCUGAAGAGGAGCCCCCUGCCAGCCCCUCUUUGAAGCCAUACCUGGGGGACCUGACCGUGACAGACGCCACCCCUGACUCCCUGAGCCUCUCCUGGACCGUCCCCGAGGGCCAGUUCGACCACUUCCUGGUCCAGUACAAGAAUGGGAAUGGGCAGCCCAAGGCGGUGCGGGUGCCAGGGCAUCAGGACGGGGUCACCGUCUCAGGCCUUGAGCCAGACCACAAGUACAAAAUGAACCUGUAUGGCUUCCACGAAGGCCAGCGCCUGGGCCCCGUCUCCACUAUUGGUUUAACUGCCCCAGGAAAGGACCUAGAAAUGACCCCAGCCCCAACAGACCUACCCACCGAGCCUCCCAUCAAGCCGCGCCUGGGGGAGCUGGCAGUGACAGACGCCAGCCCAGACUCCCUGAGCCUCUCAUGGACUGUCCCCGAGGGCCAGUUUGACCACUUCCUGGUCCAGUACAAGAACGGAGAUGGGCAGCCUAAGGCGGUGCGGGUGCCGGGGCACGAGGACGGGGUCACCGUCUCGGGCCUGGAGCCAGACCACAAGUACAAGAUGAACCUAUACGGCUUCCAUGACGGCCAGCGCCUGGGCCCUGUCUCUGUCAUCGGGGUGACAACUGCAGAGGAAGAGACCCCCAGCCCCACCGAGCCCAGCACGGAGGCCCCAGAGCCCCCCGAGGAGCCCCUCCUGGGGGAGCUGACGGUGACCGGAUCCUCCCCAGACUCGCUCAGCCUCUCCUGGACCGUCCCCCAGGGCCACUUCGACUCCUUCACCGUCCAGUACAAGGGCAGGGACGGGCCCCAGGUGGUGCGUGUUGGGGGCGAGGAGAGCGAGGUGACCGUUGGGGGCCUGGAGCCCGGGCGCAAGUACAAGAUGCACCUGUACGGCCUGCAUGGAGGGCGGCGCGUGGGUCCCGUGUCCACUGUGGGUGUGACUGCCCCCCAGGACGUUGUGGAGGACACGCCCAGCCCCACCGAGCCCAGCACAGAGGCCCCAGAGCCCCCCGAGGAGCCCCUCCUGGGGGAGCUGACGGUGACCGGAUCCUCCCCAGACUCGCUCAGCCUCUCCUGGACUGUCCCCCAGGGCCACUUCGACUCCUUCACCGUCCAGUACAAGGGCAGGGAUGGGCCCCAGGUGGUGCGUGUUGGGGGCGAGGAGAGCGAGGUGACCGUUGGGGGCCUGGAGCCCGGGCACAAGUACAAGAUGCACCUGUACGGCCUGCACGGGGGGCGGCGCGUGGGUCCCGUGUCCACCGUGGGCGUGACCGCUCCAGAAUACGAAGCUAUGACCACCCAAGCCCCGCCCACCGAGGCCCCCGAGCCUCCCAUCAAGCCGCGCCUGGGGGAGCUGGCAGUGACAGAUGCCAGCCCAGACUCCCUGAGCCUCUCAUGGACUGUCCCCGAGGGCCAGUUUGACCACUUCCUGGUCCAGUACAAGAACGGAGAUGGGCAGCCCAAGGCAGUGCGGGUGCCGGGGCACGAGGACGGGGUCACCGUCUCGGGCCUGGAGCCAGACCACAAGUACAAGAUGAACCUAUACGGCUUCCAUGACGGCCAGCGCCUGGGCCCUGUCUCUGUCAUCGGGGUGACAACUGCAGAGGAAGAGACCCCCAGCCCCACAGAGAUGGAGGAGACGCCCAGCCCCACCGAUCCCAGCACGGAGGGCCCAGAGUCCCCCGAGGAGCCCCUCCUGGGGGAGCUGACAGUGACCGGAUCCUCCCCAGACUCGCUCAGCCUCUCCUGGACCGUCCCCCAGGGCCACUUCGACUCCUUCACCGUCCAGUACAAGGGCAGGGACGGGCCCCAGGUGGUGCGUGUUGGGGGCGAGGAGAGCGAGGUGACCGUUGGGGGCCUGGAGCCCGGGCGCAAGUACAAGAUGCACCUGUACGGCCUGCAUGGAGGGCGGCGCGUGGGUCCCGUGUCCACUGUGGGUGUGACAGCCUCCCUGACUACAGAGCCCCCAUUGCCACCCCAACUCAGAGAGCUGACUGUGGCAGCUGUGGGCUCGGACACAGUGCGCCUCUUGUGGACCGUGGCCCAGGGCCUCUUUGACUCCUUCCUGGUCCAAUACAAGGAUGUGCAGGGACAGCCCCAGGCAGUGCCUGUGGGUGGAGACCUCCGGGAGGUCACGGUUUCAGGUCUUGCCCCGGCCCGCAAGUACAAGUUCCUACUCUUUGGACUCCAGGAUGAGAAACGACACGGCCCAGUCUCUGCAGAUGCAAAGACCCUCCCAGACAUGAAAACUUCUCCCCGCCUGGGGGAGCUGACAGUGACGGAUGUGACCCCAGACUCCAUGAUCCUGUCCUGGACAGUCGCCGAGGGCGAAUUCGACUCCUUCGUGGUCCAGUACAAGGACAGGGACGGGCAGCCCCACGUGGUGCCUGUGGCCGCAGACCAGCACGAGAUCACCAUCCCGGGCCUGGAGCCCAAUAGGAAAUACAAGUUUCUGCUCUACGGGCUGGCAGGCAGUAAGCGACUGGGCCCCAUCUCUGCUGACGGCAGCACAGCUCCCCUGGAGGAGCGGCAGCCCCCACCCCGCCUGGGGGAGCUGACUGUGACGGAUGAGACCCCAGACUCCCUGCGCCUCUUGUGGACUGUGGCCCAGGGCCCCUUUGACUCCUUUGUGGUCCAGUUCAGGGACACAGACAGGCAACCCCGGGUGGUGCCUGUGGCCGCAGACCAGAGGGAGGUCACCAUAGAGGGCCUGGAGCCUGGCAGGAAAUACAAGUUUCUGCUCUAUGGGCUCCACAGAGGACAGCGUCUGGGCCCUAUCUCUGUCCUGGGAGUGACAGCCCCAGAAGAGGACAUGCCAGCCCCCUGGCACUCGGCCACAGAGGCCCCCAAGCCCCCUGAAGGGCCCCGCCUGGGGGUGCUGGCAGUGAGUGACGUGUCCCCAGACUCCCUGCGUCUCUCAUGGAGCGUGGCCCGGGGCCCCUUUGACUCCUUCGUGGUCCAGUAUCAGGACACAGAUGGGCAGCCCCAGGCCUUGCUCGUGGGCGGCAACCAGAACAAGAUCCGGGUGUCGGGUCUUGAGCCCAGCACCUCCUACACAUUCUUUCUCUACGGCCUCCACGAAGGGAAGCGCCUGGGGCCUGUCUCAGCCGAGGGCACCACAGGGCCAGCUCCUGCUGGUCUGAGCCCCGGAGAGCCAGGGCCCCGCCUGUCCCACCUGUCGGUGACUGACGUGACCACCAGUUCGCUGCGGCUCAACUGGGAAGCCCCACAUGAAGCCUUUGACUCCUUCCUGCUCCGAUUUGGGGUCCCAUCACCAAGCACCCUGGAGCCACAUCCACGUCCCCUGCUGCAGCGGGAGCUGACGGUGCCAGGGACACGGCGCUCGGCCGUGCUCCGGGACCUGCGUCCAGGGACCCUGUAUACCCUUACACUGUAUGGACUGAGGGGGCCCCACAAGGCAGACAGCAUCCAGGGCACAGCCCAUACCCUCAGCCCAGUUCUGGAGAGCCCCCGUGACCUCCAGUUCAGCGAAAUCAGGGAGACCUCAGCCAAGGUCAGCUGGGUACCCCCACCAUCCAGAGUGGACAGCUUCAAAGUGUCCUACCAACUGGCAGAUGGAGGGGAGCCACUGAGCAUGCAGGUGGACGGCCGAGCCCGGACGCAGAAACUAGAGGGGCUGAUCCCAGGGGCUCGCUACGAGGUGACCGUGGUCUCCGUCCGUGGCUUUGAGGAGAGUGAGCCUCUCACUGGCUUCCUUACCACAGUUCCUGACGGCCCCACCCAGCUGCGAGCACUGAACCUGACAGAGGGAUCUGCCCUGCUGCAUUGGAAGCCCCCUCAGGCACCAGUGGAUACAUAUGACGUCAAGGUCACAGCCCCAGGGGCCCCUUCUCUACAGGCCUCAGCCCCUGGCAGUGCUGUGGACUACCCCCUGCAUGACCUGGUGCUCCACACCAACUACACAGCCACCCUGCGCGGCCUUCGGGGCCCCAACCUCACCUCCCCAGCCAGCAUCACCUUCACCACAGGGCUGGAGGCCCCCCAGAACUUGGAGGCCAAGGAAGUGACCCCCCGCACAGUCCUGCUCACUUGGACUGCACCCCAAGUCACCCCGACUGGCUACCUACUCAGCUUCAACACCCCUGGCGGACAGAUCCAGGAGAUCCUGCUCCCAGGAGGGGUCACCUCUCACCAGCUGUCGGGUCUCUUUCCCUCCACCCCCUACAGCACAUGGCUGCGGGCCAUGUGGGGCCAGAGCUUCACUCCACCUGUGUCCACCUCCUUCACCACUGGUGGACUGCGGAUCCCCUUCCCCCGGGACUGUGGGGAGGAGAUGCAGAAUGGGGUCAGCACUUCAAGGACCACCACCAUCUUCCUCAACGGCAACCGCGAGCGGCCCCUGAACGUGUUUUGUGACAUGGAGACGGAUGGGGGUGGCUGGCUGGUGUUCCAGCGCCGCAUGGAUGGAAAAACAGACUUCUGGAGGGACUGGGAGGACUAUGCCCACGGUUUUGGGAACCUCUCUGGGGAGUUCUGGCUGGGCAAUGAGGCCCUGCACAGCUUGACCAAAGCUGGCGACUACUCCUUGCGUGUGGACCUGCGGGAUGGGGAUGAGGCCGUGUUUGCCCAGUAUGACUCCUUCCAAGUAGACUCAGCUGCUGAGUACUACCGCCUGCACCUGGAUGGCUACCAUGGCACCGCAGGGGACUCCAUGAGCUACCACAGCGGCAGUGUCUUCUCUGCCCGGGACCGAGACCCCAACAACUUGCUCAUCUCCUGUGCUGUCUCUUACCGCGGGGCCUGGUGGUACAGGAACUGCCACUAUGCCAACCUCAAUGGGCUCUACGGGAGCACAGUGGAUCACCAGGGAGUGAGCUGGUACUACUGGAAGGGCUUCGAUUUCUCCAUACCCUUCACGGAAAUGAAGCUGAGACCAAGAAGCUACCGGCCCCUGGGCAGGGGAAGCUGAGCCGCUGCUCACCCCUCCAGCGCCCCACUAUGACUGCCGAGCACUGAGGGGUUGCGCUGAGAGAAGAGCCAGGGGCCACCUUCACCAUCCAGCCGUCAGCAGAAGCCUUCUCCACCCGCGAUCUCACAGCACCAUGUUUACAGGGGGGAGGGACGAGGUUUGUAUGGGAGCAAUAAAAGGAGAAACUGAGGCACGUGA